AUGGUUUUUAUGGUGUUAGUAUCCUGUGCUAUGUGCUUCACAUUAUUGGAAAAAUCAGAAAUGCCAAUCAGUUUACGUUCAGAUGAAGAUAAAGUGACAGUGCAGUACAUUCCAACAAAAAUUCCAACAACAGAUGCAGCUGUUUCCACGGAUCCUGUAUUAAUAGAUAAUCAAUCAGUAGAGAAGGUUGAAGUGGGUGUCAAUACCAUUAUAGAAAUUAGUAGCAACAUGGCGGAUGGUAGUUCAAGUUCAAAUACAACAUCUGAUAAUAGCGCCGGACAGUUACCAAAGCGAUUUUUUGACAUUGUUUUACAAAGGCCUUCAUUGAGGAUUGUAUCUUUACGACCAGACGGAAGUAUUGUCCCUACAAUUAAUUCAGCUUCACCAAAUUUUCCCAGUAUCCGAGAAUGGACACCACUGGCUAAUGAAGGGAGCGCAGAAAAAUCAGACGUAGCUUCAGAAGCGGAGCUUUGCAACAUGGCAAGUGAAUCAAACUUAAUUCAUUCAGGAGACAGUGGAAUGGAAAAGUUAGAUAGUGUCUCAGCAUCAGCAUCACGACCUGACCCUUUCGAAGAAGAUUUAAAUACUCUGGCGAACAUUUCACCGCUUCCACAUUCUUAA